AUGGUUGCAUUCUCCUCGCUUCUUGUGGCUUACUCGGUGCUGGCUAGUGUGCUGGCCGGGCCAACCGGAGGUCCUUUCGACAAGCGGGCUGGAACACCAAGCGCUACAGGUACUCAUAAUGGGUAUUAUUACUCUUGGUGGACUGAUGGUGGCUCUGAUGUUACUUAUACGAAUGGACCUGGAGGUCAAUACAGCGUAAAUUGGGGCGGCGGUGGUGGUAACUUUGUGGGUGGAAAAGGAUGGAACCCUGGUAGUGCGAAAACUAUCACAUAUUCUGGCAGUUAUAAUCCGAACGGCAAUAGCUAUCUCGCCGUCUACGGCUGGACACAAAAUCCACUUGUCGAAUACUAUGUCGUAGAGAACUUCGGGACAUACAACCCAGCUUCUAACGCUCAGAAGAAAGGGUCUCUGACUAGCGACGGUGGCACAUAUGAUAUCUAUGUCAGCACUCGUACCAACCAACCCAGUAUCGAAGGGACACGGACAUUCCAACAGUAUUGGUCGAUCCGUACGCAAAAGCGGACCGGUGGAAAUGUCACAACUGGCAACCACUUCCAAGCUUGGGAGAAGGCUGGUCUAAAGCUGGGUAGCCAUAAUUACAUGAUUGUUGCAACUGAAGGCUAUUUCAGCAGCGGCUCCGCCACGAUCACUGUCCAGACACCUCCUUGA